AUGUCUCACUGGGAGCUCAGGCCUAAGAAUACUCAAACGUAUGUCGAAUGUCUUUACGAAUGGAGCGACGCGGUCAAGGCUAGCCUCAACUGGCGCACCUUCGUCACCGAGGGCAGUACUCAAAUCUGGCACGCAAUUCCAAUCAUCAACGAUAUGCCGAUGUUUGACUACGCUGGUAAGGCAGGGUCUAUCGACGAUGCGAAGAAUGUAGCCGCCAAAUUACUGAGUGACAAGCAUGCUUUGAACUAG